AUGCAGCCGGCCAAACCUCCAAUUAGUGUUCUUCGCAUUGACAAACGCCUUUUUCCGAAUGAACUCUCAUUGAAAACAAAACGCAUUAAAACUGAACCUAUACAUUCGCCAAAUUUACCUCUAUCGACGAUUCCACUGCCAUCACCAGUUUCUUACCUACCCAAUGGUCGAAUUCCAACGCCACCGCAACCACCAAAAUAUUCUCCAUUCGAUCUAAAUCCUCCCACGCCAACUGUUAUUUUGGAAACAGCAAGCGAAGCUUUAUCAGCACAAUUACAACAAUAUUGUUUGUCCCAACCGAUUUCUGUUGUGCGUGGUAUCGCUAAUGUGCUUCAAAUCGAUCUGGGUUUAUUUUCGACGAAAACGUUGGUGGAAACUCAACCUGAUCAUCAAAUUGAAGUGCGCACCCAACGACAACAAGCCAGUGACGAAAAUAUUGACUUUACCUCAUCAGCUCCGUUGAAAAACAUUUGGAAAUGUGAAUCAAAUCGAUCAUACACAACCAUCGCUAAAUAUGCUCAAUACCAAGCGUAUUCAUAUCAUGACAUGAUCAAAGAAGAGUGCAAUGAACCUUUGGUUUCAUCGACGAUGAAUGGAUCACUGAAAAAGUCAUCGAGUCACGUGUCAUUAGGUCUAUCUGCGCGAACAAUUAAAUUCGGUACAAAUCUUGACUUAUCCGACGAAAAGAAAUGGGCGGUACAGCUAGCUGAGCUAACCAAACUACCACCAUUUCUGCGUGUUGUAUCACCAGGCAAUCUUCUGUCACAUGUGGGAUAUACAAUCCUAGGAAUGAAUAGUGUACAAUUAUAUAUGAAAGUACCUGGCUCACGAACACCGGGACAUCAAGAAAACAAUAAUUUUUGUUCGGUGAAUAUCAAUAUUGGACCAGGGGACUGCGAAUGGUUCGGCGUUGCAAUGGAGUAUUGGGGUGUGAUACAUACAUUAUGUGAAAAGAAUGGCGUGAACUAUCUCACGGGAUCAUGGUGGCCAAUAUUGGACGAUCUGUACGAUGCCGGAGUACCUGUUUAUCGUUUCAUACAGAAACCUGGCGAUCUUGUCUUUGUCAACACAGGAUGUGUUCAUUGGGUACAAGCAAUCGGAUGGUGUAACAAUAUCGCUUGGAAUAUCGGUCCACUGACUUACAAUCAAUUUUACGCUGCUGUUGAACGAUACGAAUGGAAUAAAUUAAAUGCAUGUAAAUCAAUUGUACCUGUUAUACAUUUAACUUGGAAUAUUGCACGUAAUAUUCGUGUAAAUGAUCGACAAUUAUUCGACGUGGUUAAGUUUAUUCUUACUCAAUCCUUAAAAUAUGUUCACUCGACAUUGAAUUACUUAACACAACGAUUCGCCGAUACACUUAGCCUACGAAAACAACUUCGUACACCAGAUGAACCUGCACACUAUUGUAUUACAUGCGAUUGUGAAGUGUUUAACAUUCUGUUCGUGGCAGAAAUGGAUCGUAAACAUGUAGUACGUUGUUUAGAUUGUGCUUUACAAGAUGAUAAACAUUUCGAGCAUGUCGUCGUUCUAUAUCAGUUUCCACUGACUGAUCUUCAAACAGUUUACGAUCAAUUCCAGUUGCAAUCAUCGACUUGCAUGUGA